UAAAGAGACAACUGCAGAGCAGGGUGGUGACGUCUCUCCCAUAGUUCCGAGGAGCAGAUGGCCAGAUGGACGGCAGCAGUCGGACACAAGAGCAGGGCUUAAGUAAUGCAAGAUGAAGUAGCACUACCAGUGACGUGCAGUGGGCCCCCUGUUUAUACAGCGGAUGCUGGGAGAGGGCUGAGAAAGGAGCACAUAAUCUGAGGGAAGAGGCAACAGGUAACAAGUACAAGGGCACCUACAGACUACACUGCCAACUGCAUCAAGCAACACAACAGCAGCACAAAGAACAAUGAAGCUGUUUCUUAUUGGAUUAUAUUUCUCCUGUAUUCUGCUGGGAACAUUCCUUGAUGCCAGACCAGUGCACGAGGAGGAUGACCCCUAUUUGGAAGCCCCGGCUCACCCUUACUGGCCCUUUUCUACCUCAGAUUUCUGGCAGUACGUGGAGCAUUUCCGCACAAUGGGAGCAUAUGACAGAAUCAAUGAUCUAGCUCGCACUUUCUUUGCACACUAUCCUAUUGAAGAUACUCUCGGAUACACUAGCCCUGACCAUGACCAUUAGAAGGCUGUUUUUAAUUAAACUACCUGGCUCUAGCAUAGCUGUACAUACAAAGCCAUAUAUCCCUGAAGAAUCAAGAAUGCUAACAAAAAAAGAUUGCUUAGCGUGAGUGUAUCCAUUUGUUCUAGUUACUGUGCUGAGAACGCUAUACUUCCUAAAGUAUUGGUGAUGGUACUGUGUCAGAAACACCUUGUUUGCUGUAAAAAGAUGAAUAACCUGCCUAUAUUUAUGAGCAAUUAAAGAUGCCUAUGGAACACAA